ACUCAGCCACGAGGAGCAGGCUUUUUCAAGAAACCGGAGCAUGAUUUUUCUUUUUCGAAUCUUGUAACAUCAACUUACACAGUGUGCCAAAAAGAAAUUAGUUUUGCUCAUCGUCGUUUAGUUUUAUUUCUUUUUUGAGCGAAAAAUAUAGGCUAUUAACUGGUUGAUAAGAUAGUGACCAGCCGCAGCACACAUUUGGAAAUAAUACUUUGUAGAAAGGCGCAGAGACAGGUGAACAGGCUCCACCAUUAUGGAAGAAAAUGCUCGACGAGGACCAGAGCGCCCGGAGGACUCCGACGGGGAGUCGAACCGGGAGAUUCAGCCUCUCCACCAGCCACCUGGAAAUCAGCAGUCCCACAGGAUCACAAACUUUUACAUCGACAACAUUUUAAGACCGGACUUCGGACGAAAUGGGAAGAACGGAGCUUUGGUCCAGGAUGGAGAUAGAAUGGGAGUUAUUAUACCAAGAGAACUGCCUGAAAAAAAGUCUUCUAAAACGGGCAACCUGCAGCAGGGUGGAGCGGGAGGCCAGGAGGAGAACACGGGAGCAUCCGACGGCCGGCAUCCGGACAAUGAGGCCAGUGGGCCUGAUCUGAUAGCCAGUGAAAUGACUGUGAAGGAACGGGGUGGCGGCGGGGACGGCUGCCGUAGCUCUCAAGCCAACUCGACCCUUACAGCCAAGCCGAUGCUGUGGCCAGCCUGGGUUUAUUGUACCCGUUACUCAGACCGUCCGUCAUCAGGACCCAGAUCCCGCAAACCAAAGAAGACGUCGACGCCAAGUAAAGAGGACAAGCGACCCCGGACAGCCUUCACCGUAGAGCAGCUCCAACGGUUAAAAGCGGAGUUCCAGGGCAACCGGUACCUCACCGAGCAGCGGAGACAGAGCCUAGCCCAGGAACUUGGCCUCAACGAGUCCCAGAUCAAAAUCUGGUUUCAGAACAAACGGGCCAAAAUCAAGAAAACCUCCGGGAAUAAAAACUCUCUGGCGCUGCAUCUCAUGGCACAGGGACUGUACAACCACUCCACGAACAAGGACGUCAAAUCGGACAGCGACUAGAGGAGACGGGAAGGGAGGGGGGUUCUGAACCAUGCAAUAAUUACAUUUCAGCACCAGCAUUCAUAUUUAUUCAACCAGAGAUGAUAUUGUGACAUUUUGAGUGUAUUUGUGACAGAGUAAAUGUGAGUUUUUAGGCUAUAUAUGUGUCCUCAGGGCUGUAGUUAUGAUGAUGCUCAAUCCCAGUCAAACAUGGUGCUGCGUUCUGUCACAUUCAUAAAUCAGACACUUUCAUGUUGUAGCCUACACCUGUUACAACAUACAAACUAAAGUCUCUCUACAUUCAGAGUUCCAUAUGCAAACAUCCAUGGAUGCAUGUGAACUGUUUAUACCCACACAACGUAUAUAUGCCUACA